AUGAGUACCUACGCGGAUUACUUCAAUGCACAAUACCGUGGUGACAUGCCGUCUGGUCCUGUACGCCUAACCAUUUCCAAAAAUGAAUCAGACAUGCAGGAUGACAUGUGGGGGCAAGAACAGAAUACGGAGCAUCUCAUAAUGGAGGAACUUAUGGACCAAGAAGACGAUGUGGAAUCUGGCGAUGCUACUGCAUAUUCGUCCAGCACCGCUCAUCGAUCGCACCCUGUGUCAUCUGAUUUAAAUCCUGGCAUCCUUCCUUACAUGGAAUGGAUUCCUACUCAGUCUCUUGUUUGGGUGAUCGAUACGUAUGUGACUGGGUGA